CCACAUUAGAUUCCUCAACAGCCAGACAUGGCGAAGCUCAUCCCUUGUAGCUUCGUGUUCAUCCUCUCGUCUUCAAUUCUCGUCAUGACGAAUGAUGGAUCGGUAUUUUCGGACGGGCUGUCGACGAGGUCGCGUUGGAUAGUGGACGAGAGGGGCCACAGAGUGAAGCUGGCGUGCGCCAACUGGCCGUCCCAUCUUCAGCCGGUGGUGGCCGAAGGAUUACACAAGCAGCCAAUGGAUUCGAUCUCCGAGAGGAUCAGAUUCAUGGGCUUUAAUUGCGUCAGAUUCACUUGGCCUCUCGAACUGAUGACCAAUGACACUCUGGCUUUCCAUGUCACCGUCACUCAGUCCUUCCAGAGAUACCGUCUGUUCCAAGAGCUCGAUGGCAUUCGAAGGCAUAACCCCUCCAUUCUUCACCUUCCUCUCUUCAAUGCCUUUGAGGCCGUGGUGUCGAGUAUGGGGAGAUACGGGGUGAUGGUGAUUCUGGACAACCACAAAACGGUUCCGGGAUGGUGCUGCGGCAACCACGACCCGGAUGCGUUCUUCGGGGACCCGGAAUUCGACCCUAAUCUCUGGAUCUUGGGUCUCAAGAAAAUGGCCGCGUCCUUUAGGAAUGUAAAGAAUGUGAUCGGUAUGAGCCUCAGGAACGAGCUUAGAGGCCCUAAAGAAUACCCUCAUGUUUGGUACAAGUACAUGCAACAAGGAGCAGAAGCAGUGCAUGCCUCAAACCCUAACGUUCUGGUAAUCCUCUCCGGCAUUAACUUCGACACCGACCUCUCCUUCCUCGAACAUCUGCCCGUCCACGUCAGCUUCAAGAGCAAACUCGUGUUCGAGCUCCACUGGUACAGCUUCUCCGACGGCCGUGGCUCCUGGAGAUCACACAACCUUAACGAUUUCUGCGCCAAGAUUCUUGGCAAAGUUAGAAACAAUGGCGGCUUCCUUCUCGAAAAAGGGUUCCCUCUGUUCUUGAGCGAGUUCGGGACCAAUCAAGGUGGCGGAGAUGGCGACGGAAACAGGUACAUGAAUUGCAUGUUGGGAUGGGCGGCGGAGAAAGACGUGGACUGGGCGAUCUGGGCACUGGCCGGAGACUAUUACCUAAGACAAGGCAAGAGAGGUUUGGUCGAGACGUACGGAAUGUUGAACCCUAACUGGCACCACAUUCACAACUCCACCUUCUUGCGUAGAAUCUCUGUCAUUCAGCCACCCUACAAAGGACCCGGGGUUUCGCACAAUCAACACAACAGGAUUUUCCACCCGUUAACCGGGUUUUGCGUCGUGAGGAACUCCCGUAAAAGAAGGUCAGAACUCACGUUAGGACCGUGCGGGAGGCAUGAGCCAUGGAGUUAUAAUGGUCAUAUCGGAACUCUUGUGAUGAAAGAUCACAGAUCGGUAUUGUGCUUGGAAGGCGAUGUAACGGGUGGAAGAAGAGUGAAACUCGGGAAGAAGUGUUCGAAGAUCGAAAGGGUAUCGGCUUCUAAAAUGCAUUUGUCGUUCAAGACGAGACUCGGUUCUUCGCUAUGUCUGGACGUCGACUCCAUGAACAACGUUGUGGCCAACCCCUGCAAGUGUUUGAGCAAAGAUGCUAGCUGCGACCCCACAAGCCAAUGGUUCAAGAUACUUUGA